AAUACCAGACUCCACCAGCUGCAAUACAGCCGAUAGAGAGAGAAAGUAGAAACGAAGCAGAGAUGACGAAGGAAGUGAGUGAAGAGCCGGAGGUCCACCACCACGGCAAGGACUACGUGGACCCACCGCCAGCGCCGCUGCUCGACUUAGGCGAGCUCAAGCUCUGGUCCUUCUACAGAGCUCUCAUCGCCGAGUUCAUCGCCACCCUCCUCUUCCUCUACGUAACUGUUGCCACCGUCAUCGGCCACAAGAAGCUCAACGCUGCCGACCAGUGCGACGGCGUCGGCAUCCUCGGCAUCGCCUGGGCUUUCGGCGGCAUGAUCUUCAUCCUCGUCUACUGCACCGCGGGAAUCUCAGGUGGGCACAUCAACCCUGCGGUGACAUUCGGGCUGUUCCUGGCCCGGAAGGUCUCGCUGAUUCGGGCUGUGGCGUAUAUCGUAGCUCAGAGCUUGGGUGCUAUCUGCGGCGUGGGUUUGGUGAAAGCUUUCAUGAAAAGCUACUACAACAAGCUCGGCGGCGGAGCUAACUCUGUUAGCACAGGGUACAACACCGGAACUGCACUUGGCGCUGAGAUCAUUGGCACCUUCGUGCUCGUCUACACCGUCUUCUCCGCCACCGACCCCAAGAGGAGCGCACGUGACUCUCACGUUCCUGUUUUGGCUCCGCUCCCCAUCGGAUUUGCGGUGUUCAUGGUUCAUUUGGCGACCAUCCCCAUCACCGGAACAGGAAUCAAUCCUGCGAGAAGCUUCGGUGCUGCGGUUAUCUACAACAACGGCAAAGUUUGGGAUGAUCAUUGGAUAUUCUGGGUGGGACCGUUCGUGGGAGCUCUGGCUGCGGCGGCGUACCACCAGUACAUAUUGAGGGCCGCCGCCAUCAAGGCGCUGGGAUCAUUCAGGAGCAUUCCCAGCAACUGAGACGCUAUAUGAAGAAUGGGAUUAUUGAUGUGUCGUUCUUAUUAAUUUAUUUAUUAUCUUUAUGUUUGCUUUGCGUGAAUCCCUUCGUACAGUUAUAAUUAAUGUUAUUAUCUGUUUCUCCAUAUUGUAAAUUA